AUGUCCGUACAGGCUUCCAUCGCAAAGCUCGCUCCUCCCCUCCGAGAUCUCGUCUCCGGCGUCGUACAGGACGGCAGCGAAGACUUUGGCAAGUCCGAGAACGACAAGGCCGAGGUCGCACAGUGGAUCGACACCGUCGCGCAGGGCCACGUCGCAAAGGCGGAGAACCUCAAGGACCUCGAAGCGUCCCUCGUUCCCCGCACGUACCUCGUCGCGAACUACUUCACCGCCGCAGACGUCGCUCUCUAUGGCGCGCUCCACCCCGUGGUGUCGCAACUGCAGCCAGCGCAAUACUACUCCCAUCCCGCGAUCACCCGCUACUUCGACCACGUCCAGCACCGUCCCUCCGUCCGCAAAGCCGCAGAGCCACUAGCACCCGCCUUCUCCGUCGUCCCCUUCGAUCUCGAAAACGCCCCGCCGCAGGAGCGCAAGCCCGAGCCCCCCAAGGAGAAGAAGAGCAAGGCUCCAGCCGCACCUGCCGCGCCUGCCGAGGGGGACAAGGCGGCGGCGAAGCCCGAAAAGGCGGCCAAGGCGGCAGCGAAGGUGGACAAGGCCGCGAAGAAGGCGCAGGAGGAGGGCGAGAAGGCGGCCGAGGGCGGCGAGAAGGAGGGCAAGGCGCAGAAGAAGGAGAAGAAGGCCAAGGAGCCCAAAGAGCCCAAGGCCGCCGAGAAGAAGCCCGCCGCAGACGAGGCCGGCCCGCCUAUCCCCUCCAUGAUCGACCUCCGGGUGGGCCGCAUUCUCGACAUCAAGAAGCACCCUGACGCGGACGGCCUGUACGUCGAGCAAAUCGACUUCGCGGAGCCGGAAGGGCCUCGGACGGUCGUCUCUGGGCUCGUGCACUACAUUCCCAUCGAGGAAAUGCGCGACAAGUACCUCGUCGGUGUCUGCAACCUAAAGCCGGCGAACAUGCGGGGAGUGAAGAGCUUCGCCAUGGUGCUUUGUGCAACACACAAAGACGGCAAGGACGCGGGCAUCGAGCUCGUCCAGCCUCCAUCCGGCUCAAAAGUCGGCGAUCGGGUCUACUUCGAGGGCUUCGAGGACAAGGAGCCGCUCUCUCAGCUCAACCCCAAGAAGAAGAUCUUCGAGACCAUCCAGCCCGGUUUCACCACGCUCGAGACGCGCGAGGCCGCAUGGGUCGACCCCGAGACGAAGAGCGUGCACAAAAUCCGGACGAAGGACGGCGUCUGCGUGGCGCCCAACUUUGUCGGGGCUUCGUUAUCGUAG